CUAGCUGACUUGUGAUCCAACAAGAUCUUUGAAAUGUAGCAACCCAUUGGUUGAAGCCCACAGUUUCGAAGAUUGACACCUUCCUCGCACACUCAAUUGUUUGAAAUACCGACUCCAGUUUUGCUCAGCGUGAAGAGACGUCUCCCACAGAAGCAUCGAUUUUCGCACUUCUUUUGCCCUUUCGAAAAGGCGACGAGGAAAUACAGCCACCAUUCCGGGAGACUCAAACCCGACCAAGCAAAAUAUUCAAUCUUUGGAUUUUAAUGCCGAGUGUGAGGCUGAUCAGAGGAAAGCAAUCAACUUUACCGAAACAGUUGAUGAUGGGGAAGUAGGGUAUUCUACUAUUGCCGAAGGUGUGAAAAAAAAACGUGGCAGAAGAAGUGAAAAGGAGGGCAAGGCAACGAUGUCAGAGGGCAGUUUGUCCGAGAAGAACAGCGCUCAAGACGAAAACCAUGGUGAAAAUGGUGGGGUUGGAGUCUCUACCUCUGUUCAAGGUGUGAAAAAAAAGCGUGGCAGAAAGAGUAAAGAGGAAAAGGAGGAGAUGGAAAGGAAGUUGUUGGAGGAAAAUUUGUUGGAGAAAAAUGGUGAAAAUAACAGGGUAAUAUAUUCUUCUUUUAAAGAUGUGCAAAAGGAAACGGUAGACAUGGACAGGAAGAAUUCAGAGGGCAAUUUGUUGGAGACGAAGGGUGAUCGAGAUGUUAGCCACGGUGAAAGGGAUGGGGUAGGUGGUUCUCUUCAAGAAGGCGUGACAGAUGGGAGUAAUGGCGACCUUCAUGAGAAGAGACCUAGGAGGAAAAGAAAAGUUGUUAAGGAAGGUGGCGGUAAGUUUGAAGGGCCUGACGGGUUUUCGGGAAGUGGAAGUGACAUUCAGAAAAAACACAAUUUUAGAAACCGUAAAGUCAAAAUAGAAGCUGUGAUGCCGAAAAAGAAAAAGGGGGAUAAGGAGUCUAAGGAAAAUCAAUCCAAUAUGUGCCAUCAAUGCCAGAGAAAUGAUAAAGGCAGGGUUGUGAGAUGCACAGAAUGCAAAACCAAAAGAUUUUGCAUACCCUGUAUUGAAAAUUGGUAUCCUCAUUUGAAAGAGGAUUACAUUGAAGAGGCAUGUCCCGUGUGCCGUGGUAAUUGCAACUGCAAAGCAUGCUUGCGAUCCGAUGCAUUUAUUAAAAAAAUGAAGGCAAAAACAAGUUCCGUUAAAGAUGAGAAGGUUGAGGUCUCCAUGUGUUUGCUGCAAGUACUUCUUCCGUAUUUAAGAUUGUUGGAUGAAGAGCAAAUGUUUGAGAAUGAGAUAGAAGCUAAGAUACAUGGAAUCUCAGUCUCAGAGCUUGAAGUAGUACACGCAGAUUAUUUUAAGGAUGAACGUGUAUAUUGUGACAAUUGCAAAACAUCAAUAUUUGAUUACCACAGAAGCUGUACAGAAUGCUCUUUUGAUCUUUGUCUCAUGUGUUGCCGUGAACUUCGUAGUGGUCAGCUUGUGGGGGGUGCAGAUCCAAUUACGUUGGAGUUUCCGUUCAGAGGUCGUGAUUACUUGCAUGGAAAAAUUGUAGAUAAAACGGUAAACCUAACUGAACCAAAUGAUGCUGCUAAGCCUCUAAUUCGCGACUGGUCUAGAGCUGUAUGGCAUGCAGAAAGUAAUGGUAGCAUUCCUUGUCCAAAAGAAUGUAACCAUGGUUUUCUUGAACUUAAAAGUGUGUUAGGUCAAAAUUUUAUUACUAAUUUAUUGUGUAAAGCAAAUGGACUGGCACAAACAUUGAAGCAUGAGACCCCUGACAAAUUGUGUUUGUGUUCAAGGCCUGAUACUAGCGCAAAUUAUGGUAUGAGGAAGGCUGCAUCCCGUGCAGAUUCUGGUGACAAUUAUUUGUACUGUCCUAACUCUGUACAACUACAGGAUGAGGAUUUAGGGCAUUUUCAGUGGCAUUGGGAAAAGGGCGAGCCUGUCAUUGUUAGCCAUGUGAUUGAUUGUACAUCUGGUUUAAGCUGGGAACCACUUGUCAUGUGGCGUGCAUUCCGUCAGAUGAAUAAUACCAAACAUGAGCAACAUUUAGAUGUAAAGGCAAUUGAUUGCUUAGAUUUCUGCGAGGUAGAAAUUAACAUCCACCAAUUCUUUACUGGGUAUACGAAAGCUUUUGGGGAUUGGCUUCAUUGGCCUCGGAUAUUGAAGUUAAAAGACUGGCCGCCUUCUAAUUUAUUUGAGGAACGCUUGCCUAGACAUUGUGCUGAGUUCAUAUCUUCCUUACCAUUCAAGGAAUAUACUGAUCCUCUUGGUGGUUGUCUUAACAUAGCUGUUAAAUUGCCUAAAGAGUGUCUAAAGCCAGACAUGGGGCCAAAGACAUACAUUGCUUAUGGAUUUCCCCAGGAGCUUGGACGCGGGGACUCAGUGACUAAGCUCCACUGUGACAUGUCCGAUGCAGUAAAUGUGUUGACUCAUAUUGCUGAACUCAAAUUGGAUCCCGAGCAUCUUAGUGCCAUUGACAAGUUGAAACUACAGCACUUUGAGCAAGACAAGAGGGAGCUGCUUAGUGACCGCGAUGGAGAAACUAAUGUUGACGAAGUAAAAUCGGUGCCUGAAAGUGAUUCAUCCUUUGCAGGGGAUGGUUCGGAAGGUGCUCUGUGGGAUAUCUUUCGGAGGCAGGAUGUACCUAAAUUGCAGGAGUACCUGAGGAAGCAUUUUAGAGAGUUUAGGCAUAUCCAUUGCAGUCCUUUAGAGCAGGUUAUUCACCCGAUCCAUGAACAGACAUUCUAUUUGACCGUGGAGCAUAAGAGGAAGCUUAAGGAGGAGUAUGGAAUUGAGCCCUGGACAUUCGUUCAGAAGCUUGGAGAUGCUGUUUUCAUUCCAGCAGGCUGUCCUCACCAAGUCAGAAAUCUGAAGUCAUGUAUUAAGGUUGCAUUGGAUUUUGUUUCUCCUGAAAAUGUUGGGGAGUGCUUUCGAUUAACAGAGGAAUUUCGUACACUUCCCAUAAGCCAUGUGUCUGCUGAGGAUAAAUUGGAGCAGGUGAAAAAGAUGAUAAUAUAUGCUAUGCAAGAUGUGGUAACAAAAUUGGAGACUGCAAGGAUGAAAGUAAAUAUUCCCUUAACAGACAACUAGGAGGAGGAGGUGGAAUAAUAAAUUUUGGGUCAUUGGCUCAUUCGUGACUGUAAGAAUGGUUCCAUAUUUUGUUGUUUCAACCACGCCGGGGAAGGUUGUUUUUGGUUACCAUAAUACGACUUGUAAACCUAGCUUUCACAUCUAGCUUGUAUCUUCUAUAGAUGUUCUGUUUCCUAUUACCAACUCUUAAAUGCCAUUUAAUUGUAUUCUGAAGAAUGCAACCAGAGGUAAUAUAAAUAUUAUGUUAGAUUACUAAAUCUACUGUGUCAUUC